GUUAUUGUUUUUGUGGUGAGACCAUCCGCCGAUAUUAUUCAAAUUCAUUUAAUUCGAAUUUUCAUUAGUUGAAGUGAUGAAUUCACUUAAAUUAUUCGGUGCAUGUGGAGCAACGUCUAAUUCUGUUAUAAAGAGAUAUGCAUUCAGCCAAAAAGACCGUAUUUUAUUGUUACAUAAAGAUAUCAAAUCAUUGUACGGUCCCAUAAUUAAUACGAAAAAACCGAAACGUUCAAAAAAACUAUCUGGACCGCCAGUUAAACAUGAGACUGUUUCCACAUCUGCUACAUCACCCGAUGGUGUUGCAUUGAAAAAUCCUGAAACUAAUUACAGCUCGGAAAUGUAUUGGAUCAUUGGCAAUCGGUGGAAUGAAAUCUUUAGGAAAGGUGACGCUAAAGUUGGAAACGUUUCACGAACAUUCAAAUACGAAAAGAUUGAGAAUGUUUCUUCGAAUAUCGAUACACAGACGUCAGAAGUUAAAUCGGCAAAACCAAAGAAAUCGAUCGAUUUAGAAAUCGUAGACACCAGCGCUCCACCAAUAAUUCAGAAACCGAUACCACUGUCGAAUGAAGAAUUGAAGAAUGUCCUAAACUGUCCACUACAAUCAGAUGUUUUGUCAACACCUCCCAGUGAUAUAAGGGCUCCUGAACUUCGAACACUGCCUUCGGUUGGAAGAGUUCUUCAGUACACAAUGUCAGAAGCAGCUAGAAGUGCACUAUUGAAUUGGAAACUGACUAAAAUUAGAGAAUUGGGCGAACAAGGUUUCGCCGAAUUGCAGAAGGCAAACUUAAGUUCUGGACUUAUAUUUCACUCGUCACUUCAGCAAUACUUCCUUACCAGCGAGAUUCCAACAGAUUCAUCACCGGCCUUCAAAUUAUGGGAAAGUGUUAGAGGCGUCCUGGACACUUUUACAGCUAUGCCAGUGUCCGUCGAGAAAACCGUUCACCAUCCAAUCCUCAAAUACAAGGGCAUAUGCGACUGUGUAUCAGAAGUUGACAAUCAAUUGACAAUUAUUGAGUGGAAAAAAUCCGGACGCUCGAAGCCGACGCUAGAUGCAACAUAUGACGCUCCGUUACAGCUGUGCGCCUAUCUCGGUGCAAUUAACUGUACACCUGAGUUUCAAGGACGCAUUCGACAAGGCAUGGUUGUUAUCGCCUACGAGAAUGGAAAGCAGGCAGAUGUGUACAAAAUGGACGAAGUCAUGUUGAGAAAUUAUUGGCGCGUAUGGUUGAAACGUUUACAUGAAUAUUGGAUCCGUACUAGAGAUGAUACGCUGCCGGAACCUAUUUAAAGUGAUGAUUUGAAUACAUUUCGUAUUCAGUUAGUUGAAAUUCUAUCGUUUUACUGCGCUCGUUUGACAUCUAGAUUUGAAAUAUAAAUGUCGAUU